GCCUCCUCCCCAUCCCCUCACUCUGCCCACUUCAUUCCCCGCCUGCACACUGCUGGCACCUCUACGUUUACAUCUGCAGCUUUAGUCUGUCGUCUAUUUAAUCUACGCCCAAAGCAUCCUGCCAGUUUAUUCUCUAACUUCUGAAGGAGGAGACAACGAUGGCGCCUUCAGUUCUGCAGAAUGGUGGAUUCAUUCUGGGUUUGGUUGGUGCCGCAGCCCUCAUCGCAGCGACCGCCAUGAACAACUGGAGUGUGAAAGACAGGCAGGGGGACGUGGUGACGUCCGUCUACGUCUACAAGGGUCUGUGGCAGGACUGUGAGACGGCCUCCUCGGGGUUCACAGAGUGCCGCCCGCUCUACGGCCUGCUGGGAUUCUCAGGAACUUUCCAGGCAGUGCGGGCCCUGAUGAUAGUGGGGGUGGUGCUGGGGGUCCUGGGGGCAGUGAUAUCAGUGUUCUCCCUCACCUGCCUCUCGAUGAACAGCAUGGCUGAAACCACCAAGGCCAAGAUGAGCCUCACCGCCGGCAUCAUGUUCAUCAUCGGCGGUGUGUGUGGCAUUGCAGGAGCCUCCAUCUACGCCAAUCAGAUCGUGGCCAGUUUCAGGCUGUCCACCUACCCCAACUACGGAGGCAACAUGGAGAUGGGUGGAGGGAUGGGGGGAGGAAUGGGGGGAGGAGGAAUGGGAGGGAUUCCCAGAUACACAUUUGGCCCCGCGCUGUUUAUAGCCUGGAUCGGAGGGGGGGUCCUGGUUAUUGGGGGCAUCCUGAAGUCCCUGGCUUUCAGGGGCAUGGUGAAAGAUGAAAAACCACAUUACCCGGGGGUUACGUACAAACCUCAGCCCCGUACCAAGAGCGAGCUGGCUGACCACCAUUCAGAGGCCACCAAGAAUUAUGUGUAACGUCUACCUUUAAAGCACCACCAGUUUAUGUUUGCUUUUAGCUGUUCACAUGCAGCAUUAUUUUGUAGGAUUUUAUUUUUCUAGAUGCCUUUUAUGUGGAUAAAAAUAUGUCUUGAUUAGAGUCAAUGUGUCUGAUGUUGUAACAGCAGUUCAAAACCUAUGGACGCCAAUUCCCGCCAGUAAAAUGAAAAAAUAGAAACAUGACAAAAACACACCCUUUAAAAAAGCUUCCAGCUAAUUGAAUUGUGAAGAUCUUUCGUCAGAUCUUUAAAAAGUAGUUUCAUAUGAAUGCCUCCAUGGUUUCUAUAUCUUUACAAAUGCUGAAUGUAAUUGAAGACUUUUUUUUUACUUGAGUUUUGUUCAUCAUUUGAUUUGUAUGAUAAUAAAAGACUAAUUUGUGGAUUA